AUGUUCAUCGACAACAUUGGGGUCAAAGACCACAUGAUCAUUUCUCUCAUCGCAUCGACCGUACGGACGAUUGGGAUGCUAGCGACAGGAUACAAGGACAGCGAGCACACCUGGAAGGAGGGAUGGUGUAUCUGGUCUGCGGCUAGUCUUGCGGCGAUGGGCAUAUAUGCUAUAGGCCGGCGUAUGUUGAAGGCCGAAGAGAAUACGGCGCUGAUGGACGAGAACCCCAUUCGGGAAAGGGUGAAGGGCGUCAUUGGAGAAGAGAAGUGUGGAAUUAAUCCGACUUCGUGA